AUGCACCCUCCGGUUUUACCUUUGCAGGUUCAUUUACCAAAUAUGCAGACCGUUUGUGUUCAUCCUCAUGAAAGGUUACAAGCUGUUGUUUCAAAUUCUAAACGCUCUAGAACUCAGUUGACUGAAUUUUUUGCUAUGAAUUCUGCUUCUGAAGAUGGGUUGGGAUACUUAUAUGGUGAAUUUUGUGAGCACUACACAUGGGAGCAAAGUACUAAGACAUGGAAACAAAGGGUCCAAAAUAAGCUAUCAAUUGGGAGAUUAUCAUUUGUAUAUCCUGCAGAGGGUGAACGGUUUUUCCUAAGACUUUUAUUGCUGCAUGUAAGAAGUCCUAAGUCAUUUGAGGAUUUAAGAACUGUCAAUGGCCAUCUUUAUCCAACUUUCCAAGAAGCUGCUGUAAAACUUGGAAUUAUAGAAGAUGAUGAUGCAGCUGAACUAACUCUGUUUGAAGCUUGUGAGACUCAUAUGCCUGCUGCCUUGCGACGCUUAUUUGCAACAGUCCUUAUAUUUUGUCAGCCGAGUAAUACUGCUGCUUUAUGGGAAAAGUAUUAUCCUUUUCUUGGUGAAGACUUCUCUCACAAAUUUCCACAGCAACUUCAAAAAGUGCAGCAGCUCACUGUAAGAGCUAUUGAACAGAACCUUGAAGCCAUGGGAAAAUCACUUGCUUUUUUUGGUCUAGAUUAUUUAAAUUCCCUGGUUAAUGAUGAGUUCAGACGGACAAAGGACAUUCUAGAUGCCCUUGAUGCUCCUAUCCCAGAAGAAUGCUUAGGUUGUCGCUCUAAGUUGAACUGCGCACAGAAUGCUGCUUUUGUGUGUAUUAUGGAUCAUGUUCUACAUCAAAAGGGUGGUGCUUUUUUUAUUGAUGGUCCUGGGGGCACGGGAAAAACUUUUUUGUACAAUGCUUUAUAUGCAGAAGUGCGGCUCAUGAACAAGAUUGUUUUACCUACAGCUACUUCCGGAAUUGCUGCAGCAAACAUUCCCUCAGGUAGAACUGCUCAUUCAAGGUUCAAAAUACCAAUUGAUAGUGAAUCUUCUUUGGCGUGUGAUGUUCCUAAGCAAGGUAGUUUAGCAGCACUGUUAAAGGAAACAUCCCUUAUAAUAUGGGACGAGGCUUCAAUGGCUAAGAAACAAAACAUUGAGUCUUUGGAUCUCUUGCUCCAAGAUAUAUGUGAUAAUAAGUUUACAUUUGGAGGCAAGGUAGUUGUUUUCGGGGGUGAUUUUAGGCAAGUGUUACCAGUGGUCCCUCAGAAAACUAUGAAGGAAGUUGUUCAAGAAAGUAUUGUUACUUCUUAUUUGUGGCCUAAGUUUAUCAAGUUCCGGCUGACAGAAAAUAUUAGAGCAAGAGAUGAUCCUACUUACUCUGCUUUUUUGCUUGAUUUGGGAGAUGGGAAAUUACAGCAGACAGAAAUUGCAUCCAUCGAGUUGCCACAAGAUAUUGUCCAUUCUACUAACCUAACAGACUUAGUCUCAACUGUUACAGUCCAAACAUUUCCAGAAGUUGCUCAGGGACAGGUUGAUAGUCAAGUUUUCACUAAGAAAGCAAUUCUAACGCCUAUGAAUGAUGAUGUUGAUUCAAUUAAUGCAUCCAUGAUUGAGCAAUUCCCUGGUCAGACUGUAAGAUACAGGAGCUUUGAUGCCAUUUUGAAUGAUACAUGUAAUAUCUAUCCAACAGAAUUCAUCAACAAGCUAUGCCCUGGUGGUAUGAGUCCUCAUGAGUUGAUAUUAAGGAAAAUUGCCCUGUUAUACUGUUGA